CCGGCUUCUGCCAAAUGAUGAUCACGUUGCGCAGCGGCUUCCCGUCGAGCACCUGAACGGCCAUCCUGCUCACCGCCGCCUCCGAUCGUCGUCCUCCGCUGCCUCCAUUUUCCUCGAAGAACCACUCGCGAUCCGCUACGUUCCUCUGCUGCAAAAUGCCAAGGAACCCUAAGCGGAAGCUCUCGCCCUCGCCUACCCGGUCCAUCGAAGCUCUGAAACCCUCCUUCGAGCCCUACGCGGACCUCCUAUUCCCUACCUCAGAGCAAUGCCAGGCCGUGCGUGACGCUCUCCUUGCCCACCACGGAUUCCCCCAGGAGUUCGCCAAGUACCGGAGGUCCACCGACAGCCUGGAUGAGGGCGGUGAUGCCAGGGAGACGGUCCUUGAUGGUCUCGUGAGUACGCUCUUGUCUCAGAAUACUACGGAGUCGAACUCGAGAAGGGCGUUCGAGUCCCUUAAAACCGCCUUCCCUACCUGGGAUCAAGCUCUUGUUGCGGACACAAAGCUGGUAGAGGAUGCCAUCAGGUGUGGAGGAUUGGCUGUGACCAAGGCAGCAAGCAUAAAGAACAUUCUGAGGGCAUUGAAGGAGAAAAGAGGCGAAAUUUGUUUGGAAUACUUGCGAAGCUUGUCUGUGGACGAGAUCAAAGCUGAGCUAUCCAAGUUCAAGGGAAUAGGACCAAAAACGGUAGCGUGUGUUCUAAUGUUCCAGCUUCAGCGAGAUGAUUUCCCAGUGGAUACUCAUGUUUUUCGGAUAACGAGGGACAUUGGUUGGAUCCCCAUUAAAGCAAACAGAGAGCAAGCAUAUAUCCACCUCAAUAAUAGAAUACCUAAUCAUUUGAAGUUUGACCUGAAUUGUCUUCUUGUAACUCAUGGAAGACUUUGUCACAGGUGUUCUGUUAGAAGAGGUAAUCAGAACACGGGAGAUGGUCCACAGGUUUCCUGCCCUCUCACUCAGUACUCUCAGUAUAAGGAUGGGUUCGAUCCGACAUUGGCUCUUCAUCCAAUAUCCCUACUGAAGAAAUGGAAACUGGUGUGGCAGCACAAGGUUCUGGUUCCAGGGAGCUGAAAGCCAACUCUCUCUAUCCAGACAAAGGAGAAGAGAAAAGGAUUCGCUUGUUUGGCUUUGAGUUCGAUCCAAAUGGGGAUGGGGAGAGUGGAAACAAGGAGGAUGGUGAGAAGAUUUCACCUGCCCCUGCUUUCUGCUCUGUCAGUGGACCGGAGGACAAGAAGUAUGGGUGCCAAUUCUGCCGCAAGGAGUUCCCAAACUCGCAAGCGCUCGGGGGCCAUCAGAAUGCCCACAAGAAAGAGCGGUUGAAGAGGAAGAAGCUGGAGCUCCAGGCCAGGAGAACUGGCGUCGGUUUCUACCUCCAACCUCUCAUCAAAAGCCACUGCUCCGGAUUCGACUUAUCGGUGCCAUGGUACUACCGUGCCACCGCGCCUGACUACCUCUUGUUUGAAGAGUCAAAUGGGAACUUCAAGACUGUGGAUCAGAAUGCCUUCUCAGGCGGUCUCCUGCCAUCUAAGCCACCUACCUUUGUGCCUCAUCUUCCGGUCGAGCAGCACCCCGGCUUGCAGGGAAUGAUGCAACAGGAGAAACAAUUGCCAAGCUGGCCAAUCGCCGCCAUAUCUUCGUCCUUGUCCAGGUCAAAACAAAGUUACCAAGAACUGGACCUUCAGCUGCGCCUUGCGGUGAAGUCCACUGCCUGCAACACUACCAGAAAUGGGUUCCAAGCUUAGCCAAGGGACAUGUUCCAGCCUAUGAACUCACAAAGUCACAAUACACGGAUCGACCGAUUUCCUCGACUAAAAAAGCUACUUGCAAGGAUCUCAAUCUACAUGGUAGUUUGAUCCAAUGAAUUGUUGCAUGUGAAUUAUAUUCUCGCAGCAACUUUUGUUCUCGUAGACUUCAAGAACUAGACAACUGCCCCAACAUCGAAGCAUCGACUAUCGAAGAGGAGCUUCUAUGUGAGAUGUACAUAUUUUGCCUCUAUAAAGAUGAAUUCUUUGUUUA